AUGUCAAAUGAUUUUUGUAUGGCUCACGGCCUAGUGAUGAGAACGAAAGAGCACAAGGAAAAAAGCGAUCUUUGCCAGACAACUGCGAUCACACUACUUCCAACACCUUUUCCGCGAAAGCUGUUUGAACAAGCUGUCAAAGUCCAGAAUGUGAAUGUCAUUAAAACAGAUCCUUUCACGAAAGGACUGAUAGAUAUUCUCAAAAAGGUUCGAGAUGAAGGUAGGCAACUUUUCUGUUCCUUUAUAGAGCAGAAUUGUAUUCUGCUUUGUUCAGGUCUUGCUCAAAGAAAAACUCUAGCAAUUCAGAGAUUAUAUGUGUCACAAGGACCCAUUCUCAUGCGAGUACACGUUGAAGCAGGUGACCACUUUCUUUUUGUUGUUGUAAAUUUCCGCUUAGUAGGUAUAUUGAGGAUAUUUUCCUUCUUCUAUUUGAUAGAAGUGAAUAACAUAGCCUCGAGUAUGGGAGCUCAUGCAGAGAGGGUAUCAAAACUGCAUCGGCGGACAAUGUUCGAGCUUGGUUAUGACAAAGAAACGAUUGAAAAAGCAAUUCCUAAGAAUGAGCCUAUUAAACUAAUAUCUGAAGCUCUUUACAAAGCAUGGUAG